CUUCAAGAUUUAAAAAAACUCAAUCUGGAAAAAAACCAUCUAAAAGAAAGUUAUUACCUGUUAAUACUACAAGAAAAAGAUCAUGCCAAGACACUAAUCCAUUGGCUACUAAUGAAAUUGUAGUAGAAAUAAAUCCUAUUGCUAAUUUGAAUAAUAAGA